GAAAUUUUCACUGCAGCCCAAGAGAGGAUUGAUUUAAUUCACGCUGCAUCUCAAAUGUCUCUCAAAAUUUCUUGGCUUGUUUCUAGGGUUUUACAUAAUAUCAGUUGAUACGGACAGACAUGAUGAACGCGAGAAGACCUCAUUUUAUUAAGGGUUUUAACCCUAAUAUCAGCUUCGAUAAACUGAAAAUACCUUCAAAAUUUGGCAAACAUUUGGAAGGGAAAACAGCUGGAACGGUUUCAUUGAUGGGUCCCAGUGGGAAUACUUGGCAUGCUGACUUGGCUCACCAAACUGAUGGUCUAUUUAUCUUGGACGGAUGGGCAGCUUUUGUGAGAGACCACUUCUUAGAGAAUGGCGACUCUUUAGUAUUCAGAUAUGAUGGUAACCUGCAUUUUACGGUGCAGAUCUUUGAUCAAAGUUCUUGUGAGAAGGAAACUGCAUUUUCUGCUGAGUGCCAUCAAGAUUUGAGCAUCUUCGAUCAGCAUUUUGGAAAAAAGAGGGAAAGGGAAUAUGCAACUAUGUUGACAAAUAUGGUUGACGGUGUGCCAAAGAAAGCAAGAAGUUCGCAAGUCCAUUCUGAGUGCGUAACAAAGUACCAUGAAACUACCAACAUAGCUGAAAUGCAAUUAGGCUUACAAGAAACCAUGAAUGGACGAUGUGAAGUUGCAGAUUUUUUGAAUGGCUCAGAGUUUUGUGGCAGCGCCUUCAAGGAUUCCAUCACUCCUGCUUUGCCUGUAUCAGAGGUAAGCCCUACAGAAGAUGAGUUGGGCCGCUUAUCAGCUUCUGAAGCAGAUAAGAUAGCUCAAUCAUUUACUUCAAGUUUUCCUCACUUUACCCAAGUUAUGAAAAGGUUCAACAUAAGCGGUUCAUAUACAUUGAAUGUUCCAUAUCAGUUUGCUAUGGCAUACCUUCCCAACUGCAAAGUAAAGAUUGUGCUUCACAACUUGAAAGGAGAAUCUUGGACUGUUAAUUCAAUUCCAACCACAAGAGUGCAAACUUCACAUACCUUCUGCGGUGGGUGGUUGAGUUUUGUUCGUGGCAAUAACAUUAAUGUGAGAGAUGUCUGCAUAUUUGAACUUGUAGGCAAGUGUGAAUUGCGUGUGAAUAUUCUUAGAGUUAGGCAGGAAGCACAAGACUAUGAACAUGAUGAUGUCAAGGGAUUGGCUAAUGGGGCCUCUCAUAAAAGUUCUGGAAGGUUGACAAAAAAAGUGAAAGGAAAUUCACGUAAAACCCAGAAACCGACCAUGAUAGAAGGUCAGAAGGUUGCAUUCUCUAUUGAAAAGGUGAAACUUGGUAUUGCUGCUAAGGGUACUGUUCUGGGGUCCCACUCAAGAACUAGUAAUGGAAAAUCAGGGAAACCAAAAAGCUUACAAGAAAAAAGGGGUUCUUCUAUGCUGGGUUGUAUGUCAAUGAAGUCAGCACCUGAAGAAAAAAUAGCUGCUGAAUCUUUCAUUUCUAGUUUUCCUUAUUUUGUUAGAGUCAUGAAAAAGUUCAACAUCGGUGGAUCAUACACUCUGAAAAUUCCCUAUCAGUUCUCUAUGGAACACCUUCCAAACUGCAGAACAGAGAUUGUGCUUCACAAUUUAAAAGGAGAAUGCUGGACAGUAAAUUCAAUUCCAACUCUUAAGGUUCAGACAUUGCAUACUUUUUGUGGAGGGUGGAUGGCGUUUGUCCGUGAUAAUGGCAUCCAAAUGGGAGAUAUUUGCAUUUUUGAGCUCGUUGGCAGAUGUGAAAUGCGUGUGCACGUAUCCAGUGUUGGAAAGAAUGUGGCCUUAGACUAUCAGAUUGGACAUGGACCUUCUAAUGAAUUAGACAACGGGUCAUCAUGUUGAUUCAGCUCCUAUCUCGAGCAAGCAAAAAGGCAUCAUAUUCUGGUGUUAGGGAGGUUGCUUAUUGGUGGUGGUAUGAGUGUGAUGCUGAUAAUAUAAUGGGAAGUUAACAUAAUGGAAGACUGCAUCUGUUUUGUAUGGUAGAUCUGUCAAAGCUUUCUGCAGAAGGUUAUAGUUAUUGGUCAUACAAUUGUAACAAUCUCCCUCCCCUUGAUUUGUACAUAAACUGUAACCCAACUGGUAACUUUCUUCUAUUAAUCCUUUAAUAUCCUCCUACUCCUACUACUGUUAUUGCAGGCUUAUUCCACAAAUAAAGGAAGGGAAAAAUCAUUAAAAAAACAAAAACUUUGACAUGAAUACCAUCAAUAAAGAGCAUUGGAUUACUUUGAAAUCUUCUGUUCAUUUUCUUUUGCAAGUUAUCAAACACCAUUUGAAAAGAAAACAGCACCAUGCUCUCAUCUGUUCCGUUGUUGGUUGGUACUGUCCUAAAAAGACUUCAUUUUGACCGUCUAU